AUGGAAGCCUCGACCGACGCUUUACCCUUCUUCCUUCUUCAGUUAACAACUCUGCUCGCGCGGUAUCAAACACUAUCAACACCAACACCAUCCCUAGUGCGCAACAAGAUGCAGUUCAACAGACUCGACACGUACUGGGGCAUAUUGGACCCUGCCGAAAUCAACGUCAAAGUUCUCUGGAGUCAAAUUCUGGCAGGAGGAUAUCACAUUUAUUGGGCAGUUUCACGGGAAACAAUCGUCCAUCUCAAGCAAAAAGUCGAUCAGGGACUUCUCGUGUACGAGAAAUGCCCUCUCACCCUUCUUCGUCAAUUUGCCGCCGACAGGCUACUCGUACCCCCUACCGACUGCGCGAACGGUCGUCGGCAGAUGGUCAAUUUUCUCACGGAAGCUGACGACGACGCCCGAUUCGAGAGGCUCAUGGAUCUCCCCAUCGAACUGCGCAACGAGAUCUUCAUGAUGUAUCUCGCCGAGUUUCAUCCCGCUCACAAUCACCCCAAUCAGCCUCCACUGGCUCGCACGAGCAGACAAGUCCGUGCCGAGAUCCUCCCCUGGCUGUAUGUCAAGCGCGGUACUGCCACCAUUACUUUGGACUACCACAAGGAAAACGACCUUCGGCUGCAUGUACGUCCCGCCGUCCAAGGAUAUUUCUCCCGCAUGAGCGCCGAGAGAUUCGUUCAUAUCAGGCCCUUCGAAUUCCCGGUGAUGAAGAGACGGUACAGAAGGGGCUACGGGCCAACGAGCAACGAGCUGGCCGCCAAAAUCAUCUUAGAACGGAAGAAGCACGGCAAGUUCAGCAUCGAAGUAUGCUUCUGGUCACUUGAUUGGAAUGGGCCACGCCGCCGGAAUGCCAUUACCCGGGAGAUUGAGAAGGCAUUGGAGAUCUCCGCCGAUGAGUCGGGCCGCGAGCAGAAGUUGACGCAGCUCGAUAUUCCCGUCAUUUGCGAGAGGAUUGAGCAAGCGUACCAGUGAGUGGGGAAUUUGUGAUGUAUUGGAGAAGAUUUACUGAUUGCUUCAGCUCGGUUCGUGCGUCACGCUGAGCUAUGGCUCUGCGACCCCGGCGUACUCUCUGUACAGGGAGCCAAGGCACAUCUCUACACAUCGCCAGCGUUGCGGGCUGGAUUCUCAGAUUUGACAGCCCGUGGGGCUUCAAGCGACGGGAGGUGGUGUUCCAUUGCGCGACAAGUAUAUUGUUGGAGUUCUCACAUGACUUUAGGCAGCUAUCACGGCCUCCUUAUUUCGCAUGGAUGUUUGCCUUGACCUUCGCACGUGCAGACCGGUAUUCACAUGCUUGCUGACUAAUAUUAGCGCUAAGCGAAAGCCGCAGCUCAAGCUUCUUCCUCUCAGCGACAAUCGACUUCCAACAUCAAACCAGACACCUCCAUCACCAAGCUCGAGUCUACUACAACAACAACCGACCAUUGUCACAACAUGGAUUCGGGAGGACUGAACACAUAUUGGCGACCAAAGCCUCACCCACACUCUCCGCGCGAAUUAAGAUGUUUGGUGCGAGUAGCCGGGUGCGAACUCGAUAGGUCAAGAAUUUCCAUGCAGGAUCUCACUGAACUCGCAUUGAGAGCCGCCAACGGCCUACUCUGCUACGACAAGUGUUCGGACCAGGAGCUGAUGCAGUUUGCCUCGGCUCGGCGUGUCAUACAGCGUUCCAGCAAACGCGACCGAACCUCACUCACUCGCGCUCUUCUUCACGCGGACCGAAGCCCUAGAUUCCACGGGCUCGCAGACCUACCCCCGCAGCUGCGAAACAACAUUUACCUCAUGUACCUCGACAGUCUCCCGGAAAAGCUGAUCACUCCUGCUCAACCGCCUCUCGCAUUGAUCAAUCGACAAGUCCGCUCGGAGUUUCUCGGCCUGUUCUACAGCGAGAAGACGUUCGCGUUUCCCUUUUGAGCCCGGUAUCGCAAUAGUCAAGCGAGAUCGACCAAUCUCAAGCUGGACAGAGAUACACGCGCAUUCGUCAACAGUCUGAAACCCGAGUAUGCCGGCGUGAUGCAGAAACUCGAAUUUGUGGUCUGGUUAUCGAACGAUAACGAUGAGAUCUCCAUCACCAAGCAAGAAGACAAGUACAUGGUCAAGGCAAAAUCCUCCAACGAGCGUCUGCGCGCGACAUACGUGAGCACAGUGCAGAAGUUGGUCGAUCAGGUCGCGGCCAGAUCCGAAGGUGGCAAGCUGGAGACGGAAGACAUCUUCAAGAUCCGACGCGCGAUUGAGGAGGUCUACCGGUAAGUGUCUUUCUCUUCCGUCGCUCAGACUGGAUGCUGAUCCUGCUUCAGAGAGAGAUACUAG